CCUACUUCAUCAUCCUCACCACCCCCACCGGCAUUCCCAUUUCUGAAAUGGCGCACUUUGGAUGGACGCUAUAAGAUCUUGACAUGUCUGCAGACCAUGCGCAUUUGCAAAAACCCACCAUCACAAUCUACUCUGCUAUAUAAAGUAAAACCACCAUGUUUCUGGCAAUGAGCUCUCUCAUUCAACAAAACCAAAGUUCAAGGAAACCCACAUUCGGCAUGAAAGGCAAUACAGUUUUAUUCUUUCUCUGCGCUCUCUUCAUUCUUCAAGAAAGCAGGGCAGCUCAAGCGGCGGGGAACAACAAUGGCGUUUAUAUUGUUUACAUGGGAGCAGCGGAUUCGAGAAAUGGUUCCUUGAGGGAUGACCAUGUUCAGCUCAUGAACUCGGUGUUGAAACGGAAAGAAAAUACAUUGGUGCACACGUAUAAGCAUGGUUUCUCAGGGUUUGCAGCAACGAUGUCAGAGGAGGAUGCCCGUUCAAUUGCUCAGAAACCAGGGGUUGUAUCUGUUUUUCCAGAUACUCUGUUAGAGCUCCACACCACCCGUUCUUGGGAUUUCUUGAAGUAUCAAACUGCUGUAGAGAUUGAUUCCCAGCCGAAAUCUGACUCCGAGCCCUCAUCUCCUGGAUCAGACACAAUAAUUGGCAUCUUGGACACCGGAAUUUGGCCGGAGUCGGAGAGUUUUAGCGACAAGGAUAUGGGUCCAAUUCCAUCACGGUGGAAAGGAGAGUGCAUGGAAGCUAAUGAUUUCAGCACCUCCAAUUGUAAUAGAAAGUUGAUUGGAGCUCGAUUCUACAAUCAGUCUGAUAUUACAUUCUCAAAGUUGCAUACACCCCGGGAUACGAUUGGGCAUGGCACACACGUGGCGUCAACUGCAGCAGGGAGCACAGUAGCCAGUGCAUCCUACUACGGACUAGCGGCUGGGACCGCCAAAAGUGGGUCCCCAAGUUCACGGAUCGCCGUCUACAGAGUAUGCUCAUGGAACGGUUGCCGUGGGUCCUCUAUUCUAGCGGCGUUCGAUGAUGCGAUAAAGGAUGGUGUCGAUGUUUUAUCACUAUCACUUGGUGCACCUUCAGUACUGGAGAUCGGACUGGAAAGCGAUCCGAUCGCGAUCGGAUCUUUUCACGCAGUGGACCACGGGAUCAUCGUGGUCUGCUCUGCGGGGAAUGAUGGCCCAACCUCUGGUUCUGCUGUGAAUGUUGCACCUUGGAUUUUGACCGUUGCUGCGUCAACCAUUGACAGGGAUUUUCAAUCUAAUGUGGUAUUGGGCGAAAACAAAGUGAUUAAGGGUGAAGGCAUAAAUUUCUCACCACUCGAAAAGUCUGCUGUAUAUCCGUUGAUAUAUGCAAAGUCUGCCAAGAAAAGUGGUGCCAACGAAGUUGAGGCAAGAAAUUGCGACCCAGAUUCAAUGGAUGGGGACCUGAUCAAGGGGAAGAUUGUAAUAUGUAAUAAUGAUGAUGGUUCUGGCUACUCAGUGAGGGAUAAGAUAGAUGUAGUGAAGGCUUUUGGAGCAAUUGGGAUAGCUGUGAUUGAUGACACUUUAAAUGCAGUGGCAAGUACUUAUGGUGCAUUUCCAGCAACUGUGAUCAGUUCAAAGGAUGCUGCUGAAAUCUUCUCCUAUCUUAACUCAACCGGAAAACCGGUUGCAACAAUUUUAGCAACAGUAUCGAUGACAAAAUAUAAGCCAGCGCCUGCAGUUGCAUAUUUCUCGUCUAGGGGGCCCUCAUAUUACACAAGAAACCUUCUCAAGCCUGAUAUUUCGGCACCAGGAGUAGACAUACUCGCAGCAUGGAUAGCAAAUGACACAUCAGAAGCCCCAAAAGGAAAAGAACCCCCAUUGUUCAACGUGCUCUCAGGAACUUCCAUGGCAUGCCCGCAUGUUUCUGGGAUUGCCGCAAGUGUCAAAGCUCGUAACCCCACAUGGAGUCCCUCAGCAAUCAGAUCAGCCAUCAUGACAUCAGCAACCCAAACAAACAAUUUGAAAGCUCCAAUAACAACGGAUUCGGGUUCAGUAGCCACACCUUAUGAUUACGGUGCAGGGGAAGUAACAACAUCUGAACCAUUACAACCAGGACUGGUGUACGAAACCAGCACCAUUGACUACUUGAACUACCUAUGCUACUCUGGGCGUAGCACAUCUGCAAUAGUAGGAAUUGUUAAAACUGUUCCUGAUGGCUUUGCCUGCCCCAAAGACUCCAACUCUGAUUACAUAUCCAACAUCAACUACCCAUCAAUUGCAAUAUCCAAGUUCACUGGAAAAGACAACAAGAACAUAAGCAGGACAGUAACUAACGUUGCCGGAGACGGUGAAAGUGUCUAUACUGUCAGUGUUGAUGCACCUGGUGGAGUAAAUGUCAAGGUGAUUCCAGAAAAACUGCAGUUUACGAAGAACAAUGAGAAGCUGAGCUACCAAGUGGUCUUUUCUUCCCCCAGCGCAACCCAAUUGAAGGAAGAUGUAUUUGGGUCAAUCACUUGGAGUAAUGGAAAAUAUAAGGUCCGCAGUCCUUUUGUAUUAAGCAGUAAAAGCAGCGAUGGGUAGGUACAAUACAUUCCAGCAAGAUUCGUGUAAUAACAAGUCUGCUGCGUAUGUUAUAAUUGAGAUAAGGAACACAUACAUAGCAAUAUAAAUGAAGCACCUACAAAAUUCUA